AUGGCCGAAGUCAUCGUGGAAACGCUUGGGAUGGACCCCAUCGGGCAGUCGGCCGAUGCCGCCAUCGCCAAUACAUGGUCUGAAGAAGGCUUGGUGGACUUGGCGUCAGUGAAGACCGUGGCUGGCGAGGUCGAAGUCAACGCACAGCUGGCGGAUGCGGAUUCCGAGGUGGCAAUCAAGUCGCUGAGGGCCCUCGCCCCGAACCUUAAAGCUCUCCAAGCCCUCAAGCUUGCAAAAGCAGCAUGUGCCCCGACUGCACAGCCCGCUGACGAAAUGGCACCCGAUGGUGCCCUGGAUGUGGAUGUGCAUGGGCCGGACAAGAAGCGUCAAAAGCUGGCAAAAUUGACGGGGUUGGGCUUCGCCAGGGACAUGGCCGAAGUCAUCGUGGAAACGCUUGGGAUGGACCCCAUCGGGCAGUCGGCCGAUGCCGCCAUCGCCAAUACAUGGUCUGAAGAAGGCUUGGUGGACUUGGCGUCAGUGAAGACCGUGGCUGGCGAGGUCGAAGUCAACGCACAGCUGGCGGAUGCGGAUUCCGAGGUGGCAAUCAAGUCGCUGAGGGCCCUCGCCCCGAACCUUAAAGCUCUCCAAGCCCUCAAGCUUGCAAAAGCAGCAUCGCAGGGUACACGGAUCAAGUUCGUCGAACAACCUCUUCCCACAACAGACUUCCAUGCCCCGUCGGCGUCGGCGCUGAAGCCACCCGCAUCAGACCGGCAUGCCCCGUCGGCACCAGAGCCGCAGGCAGAACUCCACCGUUUUCAUCAUGCUUUCAGGUCUUAG